AUGGCUUCCAAAACUAUUAUAGCCAUAUACGAAAAGUUUUUACAAACUUGUAUUUCAAAUCACGAUCCGUUAGGAAUAGCAAAAUGCAACGAUCAUUUGGGUGAUUUGUAUGCUACUUUAGGAGAGAAAAGAAUGGCCAUUCAGAAUUAUGACAAAAGUUUACAAAUUUACACUGAAAUUGGCCAUUGGUCUGGAAUGUUAGGAAGCAAUACAAAGUUAGGAAAUACGUAUCUUAGUCUAGCAGAAUACGAACAAGCUAUAACAUGUUACAAAACAAAUUUAAAAAUAAGCACCGGAAUUGGUGUUGGGUUAGAAGUAGCAAAUAGCAAUUACAGCUUGAGCGAUGCCUAUCGACGCAAGGGAAAUUAUGAAGAAGCUAUUACCUAUGGCAAGAAAGGUUUAGAAAUAAGCACUGCUAUUGGCGAUCAGUCAGGAAUAGCAAGAAACAGUGGUAAUUUGGGUAAUGCUUAUCUCGAUUUAGGAGAAUAUAAGAAGGCCAUUGAAUAUUUCGAAAAAGGUUUAGAAAUAAGCACUGGUAUUGGGGAUCGGUCAGGAAUAGCAAGUAACAAUGGCAAUUUGGGCAAUGCCCAUCAAGUUUUAGGAGAAUAUCGGAAGGCCAGUGACUAUUUCAAAAUAAGUUUAGAAAUAUGCACUGCCAUUGGAGAUCGUUCAGGAAUAGCAAGUGUCAACGACAAUUUGGGCAAUGCCUACCGAUGUUUAGGAGAAUAUCAGAAAGCCAUUGACUGUUACAAAAAAUGUUUAGAAAUAAGCACUGCUAUUGGCGAUCGGUCAGGAAUAGCAAAUAACAAUGGCAAUUUGGGCAAUGUGUAUCUUAGUUCAAAAGAAUAUCAGAAAGCGAUUGACUAUUACAAAAUAAGCAUAGCAAUAAAUGUGGCUAUUGGCAAUCAGUUAGGAGUAGCAAGUGACAAUAGCCAUUUGGGCGUUGCCUAUUUUAAUUUAGGAGAAUAUCAAAAGGCCAUUGACUAUUACCAAAAAGGUUUAGAAAUAAGCACUGCUAUUGGCGAUCGGUCAGGAAUGGCAAGAAACAUUGGCAAUUUGGGCGUUGCCUAUCUUAGUUUAGGAGAAAAUCAGAAGGUCAUUGACUAUUCCCAAAAAGGUUUAGAAAUAAGCACAGCUAUUGGCGAUUCUUUAGGAAUAGCAAAUAACAAUGGCAGUUUGGGCAAUGCCUAUCAUAGUUUAAAAGAAUAUCAGAAAGCCAUUGACCAUUACAAAACAGGUUUAGAAAUAAGCACUGAUAUUGGCGAUCGGUCAAGAAUAGCAACUAACAACGUUAAUUUGGGCAUUGCCUAUCUCAAUUUAAAAGAAUAUCAGAAGGCCAUUGACUAUCACAAAAAAAUUUUAGAAAUAAGCACUGCUAUUGACGAUCAGUCAGGAAUAGUAAGUAUCAAUUGCUAUUUGGGCAAUGCCUAUGUCAAUUUAGGAGAAUAUCAGAAGGCCAUUGACUAUCUCAAAAAAAAUUUAGAAAUAAGCACUGCUAUUGGCGAUCAGUCAGGAAUAGCAAAUAUCAGUUGCAAUUUGGGCAAUGUCUAUGUAGGUUUAGGACAAUAUCAUAAGGCCAUUGACUAUUACGAAGAAGGUUUAAAAAUAAGCACUACUAUUGGCAAUUGGUCAGGAAUAGCAAGUAACAUUGGCAAUUUGGGCAAUGCCUACCUCAAUUUAGGAGAAUAUCAGGAAGCCAUUGACUGUUACAAAGAAAGUUUAGAAAUAAGCACUGCCAUUGGCGAUCAGUCAGGAAUAGCAAGUAUCAAUGGCAAUUUGGGCAAUGUCUAUUCCAGUUUAGGAGAAUAUCAGAAGGCCAUUGACUAUUACGAAAAAGGUUUAGUCAUAAGCACUGCUAUUGGGGAUCGUUCUGGAAUAGCAUAUAAGAAUGGCAAUUUGGGCGAUGCCUAUCUUAGUUUAGGAGAAUAUCAAAAGGGCAUUGACUAUUCAAAAAAUGCUUUAGACAUAAGCACUGCUAUUGGGGAUCGGUCAGAAAUAGCAAUUACAAAUGGCAAUUUGGGCAAUGCCUAUCUUAGGUUAGGAGAAUGUCAGAAGGCCUUUGAGUAUUUCAAAAAAGGUUUAGACAUAAGCACUACUAUUGGGGAUCGGUCAGGAAUAGCAAGUGGGAAUGGCAAUUUCGGCAAUGCCUAUUUUAGUUUACAAGAAUAUCAGAAGGCCAUUGAGUAUUACAAGAAAGAUUUGGAAGUGAGUAUUGAAAUUGGCAGUCGGUCAAGUAUAGCAAGUAGCCAUAGCAAAUUGGGAAAUGCGCAUGAAUGUCUUAGAGAGUAUGAAGUUGCAACAUCACACUUAGUGGAGUCAAUUACUAUCUUCGAUAGAAUGUUUUUAAAUUUUGUUCCGGAUCAAAAUAAGCUGUCGUUCACAAAUCAAUAUUUCGCCAGUCAUAGAAUUUUAAUGAGUUGUUUCCUUUCUUUGGAACGCAUUGAAUCCGCAUUAUUAGUCAUUGACCUUGGUAGGGCCAAAGAGCUCCAUUGCUGCGUUGAAAAGCAUAAGAAUUCUGUGAACAAGGACAUGCCCAACUAUGCGCAUGCGAUCUGGAAUAGAAUCGAGACCAGAGAAGAGGGAAAAGAAAUUGAAGACAUGCAAACGUUUCUCCAUUUAAGAGAAAAUGAUACCUCAAUUUUACUAUUUGCUUUUGAUUUGAAAGCUUGUCUUAAUGUUUGGGUUUUAAAUGGUGAAGUUAUCUUUAGAAAAUUAGAUGCAUGUUUGGAAACAUUGUUGUUUCUAAUUACGGAACUUCUUCGGAGGGUAAAUGUUGGUAUUGAUCGGAAUUCUUCGUUUUGCAACUCCAAUGCAGUUACUGACACUCGUAAUCAAAUAGUUUUUCAAUUCGAAACGCCAAACAGAAAGCCAUUCUCUAAAAGUACGGCUGGUGAUACUGCUUGCUAUAGUAAUUUGAGUAAUCAAGAAAUUUUGGAAAAAUUGUUCAAACUCUUAGUCGAUCCGGUGAAAGAUCUUGUUAACGGCACUAAGCUCAUUGUCGUCCCUGACCCGCUAUUGUUUUUUACACCGUUUUCAGCAUUAAUCGAUGAUAAUGGCUUUUAUUUAUCUAACAGUUACAGCGUUCAAAUUACACCUUCAUUGCAUACCCUGAAAUGUACCAUGGAACACUCCUAUGACUCAAACUUUGGUUUUGCUUUGUUUGUUGGUAAUCCAACUGUUGGACGAGUUUCUUUAAACGGAGAAGAUGUUACACCCUCUGACUUGCCUAAUGCCGCUGAAGAAGUUAAAUGUCUGUCAAAUAUUUUCCAAGCUAGGCCUUUUCUAGGACUCAAAGCAAGGAAAGAGGUUGUAUUGCAACAUCUAAGUGGAGCUAGUAUAGUCCAUAUUGCUGCCCAUGGUGAACCAAAUCAUGGUGAAAUAAUGCUUGCGCCAAACUCUUCCCAAGUGCAGCCAUGUUUGGCUGUUCCCAAGCCAGAGUCAUAUCUUCUCACACAGCGAGAUAUUCUGAAUAUUUCAGUGCAAGCUCGCUUGGUAGUUUUAUGCUGCUGCCAUACCGGGCAAGGUAAAAUUUCUUCAGAAGGCGUCAUAGGUAUAACUCGAGCUUUUCUUGCAGCCGGAGCGCGCUGUGUUCUUGCCACACUAUGGCCCAUUGACGAUAAUGCCACUAAAGAGUUUAUGGAAAAAUUCUAUGGCGAACUUUGCCAAGAAAUAUCAGUUUGCGAAGCUUUAAGAAGAACAAUGAACCUCUUUCAGAAACACGGAAUAAAAGCUUACCGAUCCAGUAGGAUCUGGGCUCCAUUUACCGUCUAUGGGGAAGACACGAAGUUCCGUAAGAUUGAGAUUAAGGAAAUCAGAGAAAAAUCUCGUGAGAUGUUUUCUGCUUCAAUUUAA